AUGUCUCGGAGCGUCACCACUAACCCUCUACCCCGCGUGCCUCAACUCCUUUCCUCUUUAUUCGUGCACUUAUCUUGCCCCUCUGACCGCACCGCACCCCCCUUCCAACUCACCCAUCACCUCCUAACCCACUGCCCGCACCCUCUUUUCCCUCUCCACGCACCUUCAUUCCCCCCUUUUGACCUCACCUUCCUUUUCCCCUCCCCUCACCUCUUGCCCCCCUCCCAACACCUUCUCUCCCGUCUCUCAGCACCUCCCUUCCCCCCUCUGAACUCACCUUCAUUUCCCCCUACCCUCACAUCCCAUCCCCCCUCUGACCUCACCACCCUUCCCCCUUCCUCACCUAUCUUCCACCACUCACCUCCCCUCCCUCCACCCUCUCACCUCAUGUCCCUCCCCCCUCCAUCAUCACGACCUCUGUCCUCUCCUCCUUCCCCCUCUCAGUGCACCUUCUCCCCACCUCUGUCCUCUCCUCCCUUCCCCCUCUCACAGCUCCUACCUUCCCCCACCCACAGCAUCUCCCUUCCCCCACCCACAGCAUCUCCCUUCCCCCUAUCACAGCUCCUCCCUUCCCCCUCUCACAGCUCCUCCCUUCCCCAUCUCACAGCAUCUCCCUUCCCCCACCCACAGCAUCUCCCUUCCCCCUAUCACAGCUCCUCCCUUCCCCCUAUCACAGCUCCUCCCUUCCCCCUCUCACAGCUCCUCCCUUCCCCCACCCACAUCAUCUCCCUUCCCCCUCUCACAUCUCCUACCUUCCCCCUAUCACAGCUCCUACCUUCCCCCUAUCACAGCUCCUCCCUUCCCCCUCUCACAGCUCCUACCUUCCCCCACCCACAGCAUCUCCCUUCCCUAAACCCACAGCAUCUCCCUUCCCCCUAUCACAGCUCCUCCCUUCCCCCUCUCACAGCUCCUCCCUUCCCCACCCACAUCAUCUCCCUUCCCCCUAUCACUGUACCUCCCUUCCCCCUCUCACAGCUCCUACCUUCCCCCACCCACAGCAUCUCCCUUCCCCCUCUCACAGCUUCUCCCUUCCCCCUCUCACAGCACCUCCCUUCCCCCACCCACAUCAUCUCCCUUCCCCCUCUCACAGCUCCUCACUUCCCACACACAGCAUCUCCAUUCCCCAUAUCACAGCUCGUCCCUUCCCCCUCUCACAGCUCCUCCCUUCCCCCACCCACAGCAGCUCCCUUCCCCCUCUCGCACCUCCUACCUUCCCCCUCUCGCUGCUCCUCCCUUCCCCGUUCCGCCUCUCAUUCCGCAUCUCAAGCCGCCCCUCCUUCCGCCUCUCAUUCCGCCCCUCCUUCCGCAUCUCACUCCGCCUCUCGCGUCGCCUCUCAUUCCGGGUUUCUUUCCGCCCCUCAUUACGCCUCUCAUUACGCCUCUCAUUACGCCUCUCAUUACGCCUCUCAUUACGCCUAUCUAUUCGCCUCAUCCCGCCUCUCAAUCCGCCUCUCAUCCCGCCUCUCACGCCGCCUCUCGUUCCGCCUCUCGUUCCGCCUCUCAUUCCGCCUCUCGUUCCGCCUCUUUUUCCGCCUCUCAUUCCGCCUCACAUUCCGCCUCUCAUUCCGCCUAUAA